CAGACAGUGGAGAAAUCUGCCCGAAAAAGACGCGGAGGACGGACGGAUGGCGGGGCUGCUGCCGCUGCUUCCAGCCCGGACAGACCGGACCGCCUCCGAGGCUUCUUGAACGGCUCCGCGCGCAUUCCUCCACCUUCAGCGGACUUUCUGCGCUGCUCUCUGCGGGACUCAGCGUGCGGCGGCCGGGCUGCUCCCUGCCGGAUUAACGCUUAACUGUUUGCACGUCUUUCCACCUGAACGCAGAUCGGGGCGGCUUCGUGCGUCUGGAGGUCGGAGCGUCACCGGCAUCAUCAUGCUGCCAGGCCCUGGGAGGUGUGACGGGCGUCCCGGCGCCGCUGUCCGGUACCUGGUGUCCGCCUGUCUGCUGUCCCUGCUGCUGUACCUGCCGGAGGCUCGAGCAUCUUAUUACCCUCAGAGCGGAGAGUGCAAAGGCAAAGGGAAGGACUGCACAGAUCUCUCAGAGAAGAAGAGCGACCUGAGGGUCUGCGAUGACUCCACCUGCAGGUUCGGAGGUGUCUGCCGGGACGACGGCGCUCAGCUGAAGUGUGUCUGCCAGUUCCAGGUACAUGAAAUCAUUUUAUUCUUCUUCUGUCUAGAUCCUGGUUCUGGUUCAGGAGACGGAGACGAUGAUGAGGGUUCAGGCUCUGAUGUUGGGAAGAAGUUCACCAAGUGCAGCACAUGUAAAUAUGGAGCCGAGUGUGACGAAGACUCGGAGGACGUCUGGUGCAUAUGUAACAUCGACUGCAGCGGUCACAAUGAAAACCCGGUUUGUGCCACAGACGGAAACUCCUACAACAACCCCUGCCUGGUCCGAGAGGCGUCGUGUAUGAAGCAGGAGCAGAUCGACGUCAAACACCUGGGCAGGUGCCCCGCUGAUAAAGAAAAACUGGGGAAGAAAGACGACAGCAGCCCUUUCAAAGUCAAAGUCUUAGAGACCACAGGUCUGGACCACGGAGACGGUUUCUACGCCGGCAUGCCCAUCCCCUGCGCCGACAGCUACGCCGGCUUCUGUGUUCACGGGAAAUGUGAGAUCAAAUACAACAUGGCAACCUGCAGAUGUGAUGCAGGAUACAAAGGUUCCCAGUGCGACGAGCCGCAGGACUUCAACAUCCUCUACGUGGUUCCCAGCGGACAGAAGCUGCACUACGUCCUCAUCGCCGCCAUCAUCGGUGCCGUGCAGAUCGCCAUCAUCGUCGCCGUGGUGAUGUGCAUCACGAGGAAAUGUCCGAAAAACAACAGAGGCCGUCGGCAAAAACAGAACCUCGGACACUUUUCGUCGGACACUAACUCCCGGAUGGUAUAGCCGUGUUGGCUGGUGGUUCUUUUUGAUAAGUUUUUUCUUACGGCGCGGGAAAUACCAUUUUUUAACAGUAGGUGUGGUAAUAAUUUCUUUUUUUUUUUUUCUCCUGGGAAAACCAUUAAAAAGAAGAAUAUUUAUUUAAGGGGCCUUAUUUUCCCUCCUUUUUUUUUUGUUUCGGAUGGAAUUUCUGCGCAUUUAUUUUGCGCAAUCAUGAUUUAAUUUUUUAGUUUUUUUCUCCAAUUGCUGCAUAUACAAGGAGCCGAAUCAACAGAACCCGCUGUCACUUGGUCACCACGUCUGCUGUCUUAAUUCCUUUUAACUGCUUCAUUAGAGGUUUCGGUAAACUGGCUAACAGAGUAACAUCUGCCCCUGUGGAAUGUGCUAUUUAUUGAAAAUCAUGUUUCUUUGCCUCCCGCUGUUUUUUUUUAACUAAUAAUGUGCAGCUGAUCACCAAAUGCAGUUGGUUCUAAAUGUUGUUCUGUUGGAGGUGGGACGGGGCCAGCCAGUCACAUAGAGCCGUUUAUUCUUUGGUAUGAAAUUCCAUGUAAAGACUUCACUGUGGUUAAACAAGCUAAUAAUUUAUUCUGAUAAUUCUUUUCUUGAAAGUAGUUUUUACUCAAGGUCUUUAUGUUAACUUCCGUUCUGAAUUCUAGUUCCUGUAUAUUCGCAUGACUUGUGAAAACUGUGUACUGUGGUGUAGUUUUAACUUUUUAAAGGAAAAGCUGUCGACGCCUCCUCGGACUGAUGAACCGAGGACUCUGAGGAGGGAAGGUGUUAUUCAGUGUUUUAAAAAAAAAAA